AAAUGGAACCUUUUCACAAACUCUUCAAACCCUAAAGCAAACCAACACCCCCUUCAUCUCCACUCGCCGCCGCCCCAUCUACCCAAAUCUUCUCGCUGCUACAUCGACAUGUUCGGAAUGAGAUUUACACAUCUGAACACUCCGACCGACCAAUCACUCCGACUGUAAGAUUUAAUCGAAGUAAGAUUUGCUUAAAGGACGGAUAUGGAAGUGUCGGUGGUGGCAUCGGUGGUGCAGCUGUAGGCGCAGCACCUGGCGCAGAUAACAACGGAGUUGCAGAAACUGACGGGGAUCUUCAAAACCUUUAAUCCCCUUUUCUGAAUUCUUAAAUUUUAAGAUAUCAUGGUCGGUCGAGACAGAAAAGCAAGAAACUAUUUUUCAGGAGUAGAAUUCAAAACAAAGUGAAGGAUCCUUGAGGUUAAUUGGCGUGGCUCCAGGCUGAGAGCCUGAGAUGCUAUUCUUACCCCUACCGUCCUUCCAUGUUGUCGGCUCCCAGGCGCAUACAGUACGAAUCACUCGCCGGCAGGUUGUCAACCUUCAAUGACUUUCUAGGAUCACCUGAACUCGAAGGGGCCUCUAGAGCCCAUGUAAAGAAGCUUCUAGAUGAAGGAAUGUUAAUUCUCAAAGAUACUUCAGUUUUACUAUGCUUGGUUUCUGAAUCAGCACACAUAUUCCAACGAGCAUUAACCAGUACAAAGUUCAAACUUCACAGCAGAGAUAUUACAGAAGCCUUGCGGUGGGUAGAUUGGCGUUGGAGAGGCAAAACUCAUCUUUCACGUGACAAGGACGGUGUGGCUGCACUAAAGCAGAUUUCGCAGGGGUCGCGAGGGACUGGUCAUUCUCGCUUAUGCUACCUAUCUACAAUCUUACUGGAGCAAAUUAACAAAAACGAGAGUCUGUUGAAAAAGUACAAGAACUGGGACCACCAUCAUGGGCAGUCAUUGAGCAAUUGUGCUAAUCAGAAAGGCAAAUCGUCUUUGCGGAGUGAGGAUGAUCUAUGGCUCGAAGGCCAUUCUCACGCUUCUCAGUCGAAUGAAAUUUGUAAUUUAAUGGAUGCUAAAGUGCGCAAUUUGAAUUCAGUUUCCAGCAAGCCGUAG